AUGGAUCAGGGCACUGCUACAGUUUUGCUGUUUUUGGUGGUGGUUGCCAUCAUCUUCUUUCUGCCUUUGGCGAUGGGUCCUGUUCAUCCGCCCUCCUUUCCUGUGCUCCUGAUCUUCCCUGUUGUUCUAGGAGCAAUCUGGGCAUUCCUUAAUCAUGCAACCAAAAUCAUAUCACACAGGGUUGUCUGGUCUGGUCGCAUAUGUAACUGUCACACCAGAGAUUCCCUUGGUUAG